AUGGCGUACGACUCAAGCGACAAUGGCUUCUUCAUCGAGACCGAUGAGCCGCGGCGCAUCAAUAUGAGGGAUGCUGCCAAAAUAUUGGCACGUAAUCGGCAAGAAAUGAUCGCCAAUGAACUCUCGCGUCUUGCGGGCGAUGAGUACCUCGAGGAUAUCAUGCAGCAUAUGAGACACAUGGAAGACGAAACGUUACCUGACGCCAACCUCAUCGAUAUGCAGCGAGAAAUCCAGUGGUUUAUGAGACCAUACUUGAUUGACUUCCUCAUUGAGGCUCACGCUGCCUUUGCACUAUUACCCGAGACUUUAUUUCUGACGAUCAACUUGCUAGAUCGCUACUGCUCAAAGCGAGUAGUCUACAAACAGCACUAUCAACUCGUUGGGUGUGCAGCACUAUUGAUUGCUGCCAAGUAUGGAGACAAGAAAGAUCGAGUACCUCAGAUCAACGAGCUGAAUAAUAUGUGCUGUGGAUUAUACGAUUCUGGCAUGUUUACUCAGAUGGAGAUGCAUGUGCUCAACACUCUCGAUUGGGUUAUCGGCCAUCCCACUGUCGACUUGUUUGCCCAAUUGAUCAUAGCAGAGGAGGGAGAUGACCGAGAAGUCGAGCAUAUGGCCGCAUAUCUUUGUGAGAUUGCGCUAUAUCAUCCCGAUUUUGUUUCCACGAAACCGUCGAUCAUGGCCCGAGCCUCUCUCGCCCUCGCUAGAGCUAUACUCGGACGACCAGAAGUGAAUGAUGGUGCAUGGGAUAACGUUGAACACUUGACGGUUUUGACGCUUUCGCAGCAUCUACAUCAUCCUUCUAUCACGCUAUCAAGGAAGUACUCUGGUCCCGGUCUGUCUCGUGUUUCGUCGAGUCUCGCCGAGUUCCUAGAACGGCAAGCCGCCAUUUCCAGGAGAGCACAACAACAAGCACCUCCCUCUCCUCCUGCCGAGCCGACUCUGAGUUCCAGCCACUCUGCUAUAUACAACACCCCACAAAAAGGUUGUGGUGCCAACCCUGGUCCUGCCGAUGGCUACAUGACACCGCCCAUCACACCCGAUGGUGUUUGUUUCACCGCAGCAGACCCUAUGAACAAAUAUGUUCCACCUAGGUGUCCCGUUACCCCCACACCUCAAGUUCCUACCAUGACUGGAUAUCCCCAACGCCAACAGCAGCAACACUAUGCCGCAUACCCGUACGACAAAUACCAGGGCCAGAUGGUGGCUUAG